AUGGCUGAGACACUGACUGGAAGAGAGGUAAUAGGGGGAAGAGCGGGAGAGAGAGAGAAAUCCAAGGUCGACAACGAUGCGCUCGGUGUUGCUGCUGGUGGAGGUGGUGGCGAUGGCGAUGGCGGUAUGGGGUGGAGUAGUGGUGGCUCUUAUGACCAGUUCAUAGUCGCGCGGUCCAACAACGCUUCGCUCUCUCUCCGUCGCUCCAUGAAAAGAGCGGACGCGGACACAAUGUAUGUCAGUGUUAGGGUGUGGCCUUCGUCCCGCUUUCCGCUCUUCGCCCCCCGCGCUCGCGCACACACCGCUCCUUCAUCUUCGUCGUCUACCUUUUUUGUCGGCAACCGCUGUUGCACAAGCGGCUGCUUUCAAAUGUGA